CCUUGUUCCAGCCAAUCACAGACUCCUGCCACCUCCGCACUCGUAACAACUUUCCAGCCGCUCUUAUUCCCAAUAACCAGCCAAAACGGUUGGGAAAUAGUUGGUGAGCUUUCUGACUCCACCAAACUCGGUCUCCAUUUUAUGCGAAAAGGGGUUCUUUCCCAGGUUUUAUUUAACAGCGGUGGGGAAAAGUAUUUUUGCUUCUUUGAUUCUGUUUCCAGUUUCCUUCCCGCAAGCCCCCUCUCCCAGGGCGGUUUGCUAUGCCGUCAGACAUCAUGCAAGAAAGUCCGAGCAGUGCCCCAGUCUCUCCAGCGGACAGUCUAGCGAGCAGCGACGAAGACGCGGACAGGCAGCAGAAAAGGUACGACGUCAAGAGAAGGUACAGCAAGAAGUCCAGCGAGGACGGGAGCCCAAACCCCGGGAAAAGGAACAAGAAGUCCAGCCCGAGCUCACAGUCUUACGAGGAGUUGCAGAAUCAGCGAGUCCUGGCGAACGUUAGGGAGCGUCAGCGGACUCAGUCUCUGAAUGAGGCGUUCUCGUCGCUCCGGAAAAUCAUCCCCACCCUGCCGUCCGACAAACUCAGCAAAAUCCAGACCCUCAAGCUGGCCUCCAGGUACAUCGACUUCCUCUAUCAGGUCUUGCAGAGCGACGAAAUGGACCAAAAAAUGUCCAGCUGCAGCUAUGUGGCCCACGAGAGACUGAGUUACGCGUUCUCGGUGUGGAGGAUGGAAGGAGCUUGGUCAAUGUCGGCCACUCACUAGCGCCUGAACCGGCGGUUAAAGGUGGUUGGAAUCGAUGGAGAGAGCUGGUGCUGAGUGGGAUUUCUCUACCCACAGACGGUCACAAUGAAAUAUCCGCCACGUCUCCACAGAUACUCGCUUUGAACUCUCAGAAGAGUCCUUCCAGACUGAGGAGUGAACUAAAGUUUGCAACUACGUGACAACAACAAACAGUGAUUUUAAAAGAUGUGAAACAUCGUUGUUAAGCAUGGGGGAGACGGUGCUGGCAACUCGGACGAAUCUGCUUUCAGGAAGGACAUCGUUCAGACUAGACACGUGUGGGAUCUUUCUGUACCUUUUAUGCUUUAGAUUAAACAUAGUCGGUCGGCGAGGUGUAUCAUGGAGAUAAUUUAGAGCGAAAACAAAUACUGAAGCUCGUACAAUGGGACUAAAGCAGAUCAAGAAAAGCAAACGUAAAAUAUCAGCACCCGUGGUACAGUAUGUUCGCCCUGAGUAAACUUGGAAUUAGCAAAGCUUCACAUUAUUACCAUUUUUUUCCUAUCGCGUGUAAAUCUUGCUAGUUUAUUUAUUAAAGUUUUACCAUCUAUUGCGCGUACGAGGCAGUUGUAUGGUAAAGUUGUUCCAGAAAUUCAAAAUCAGCCCCUUUUAAUCAUUUUGUGGGAAUGGGUUGCAUGUUUUAAACGAAGGUUUAAAAAAUCUUCCGGUAUAUUAAAACCAAUGUAAUAAUCCA